AUGGCCAAACCAGCCCAAGUCCUUAGCAUUGUCAACAGAGGCCGGCAGAAGCCAUCAGUAGGCCGCGGGAAGCAGUAUCAGCAAAGGCCUGGCGUGGAAGGCUUCAAAGGCUUUCUUCCUGAAAAGAGUGUCCCAUCAACUUCGCAGGCUAUAGCGGUUGCUAUCUUGUUACCUCUCAAGGGCACCCUUCUCUUCCUUGCAGCCUUCUUCAUUGACUUAGCAGAGGUGGGAUUCUUGGCUUCUGGAGUUUUUGGGAUCACUGCACUUUCUUCCCUGUCGUGGAUGGCAAACUAUUCCGGGAGAUGA